GCAAUGUGUGACGUUGAAAACGAUCUAAACGUGCUGCAACGGCCAGUUGCCGCCAAGGGGCGUAACACCCUGGCCAUCAUCGUCAUAGGGAUGGCAGGAAGUGGAAAGACAUGUUACGUCAAAGCACUCAUAGAUAAGCUCAAAGAAGCUGGCAAAAAAGUAUAUUCCAUCAACCUCGAUCCCGCGGUCACGAAAAUACCAUAUUCACCUAAUAUAGAUAUUCGAGAAUCUAUCAAGUACCGCAGUGUUAUGAAGAAGUAUAAACUAGGGCCUAACGGAGCUAUUAUCACAUGCCUUAAUCUAUUUGUGACAAGAUUUGAUAAAGUACUGGAAAUCCUAGAUAGAAGAUGUGCCAAAUUGGACUAUAUCGUUAUAGAUACCCCGGGGCAAAUUGAAGUAUUUAACUGGUCAGCAAGUGGAACUGUUAUAUUAGAAUCACUGGCGUCCUCAUUCCCUACAACUGUGAAUUACGUGAUCGAUACCUGUAGAUCACAGCUACCAGUCACCUUUAUGGCAAACAUGGUCUACGCUUGCAGCGUUAUGUACAAGUCACGCCUGCCGUUUAUCGCAUGCUUCAACAAAAUAGAUGUCGACCGACAUGAAAUAUGCCUUGAAUGGAUGGAUGAUUACCAUGCAUUCUACGAAGCAGUUAUGCAGGAUGAUACCUAUAUGGCAAGCUUCAGCCGUUCAUGCGCAUUGAUGCUUAAUGAAUUCUACCAGGGAAUCAAGUGCAACGGCAUAUCAGCCAUAACUGGAGAAGGCUUUGAAGAGCAUAUAAAAAGCUUAGAUGAGUGCCGUGAAGAAUACAAGACGUCAUACCUCCCUUGGCUAGAGGAAGCUAGACUACGCCACUUCACUGAACAAAUGAACAAGCUCAAAAUACAAAGCAACACUUGAUC